UCGCAUUCUCUGGGGCCGCCCCCGCGGCUCCGUCCUGGGUAGGAGACAGAAAUGUGAGCCAGUUCUCCUCCCAUUUCUUUUCUCUACACCCACCCCCAGAGCCGCUCUCCGCCUCAGUGUCCCGGCUAGCCUCCCCGCCCCCACUCCCACAGCCUUCAAGUCUUCCCCAGCUCUCUGCGCCGCAGCGGGUCCCUCCAGAAUCCGGACUUGGGCCCCGCGGGGCGGCCGAUGGGAGAGGGGACAUCGAAGAAACUGUCUGCUGGAGGUAGGGACCGCGUGCGGCUGAGGCCGGAUCCGUUGGUCGGUUGACUGGAAGCACUAAGGAGCCAGAUGAACUGGACCUUCUUGAAUCAGAGCGCCCUGGAACCGGGAGGCAGCGGAGGCGGAGGAGGCGCCUACGGCAACCAGAGCCAAGGGCUGGACACGUGGCUGGGCUGUUGUCCCGGAACCCCCCCGCUGGUGGCGAGCGACGGGAUCCCGGCGGGUCUGGCCCCUGACGAGCGGAGCCUGUGGGUGUCUCGAGUGGCGCAGAUCGCAGUCCUCUGCGUGCUUUCCCUCACGGUGAUCUUCGGCAUCUUCUUCCUGGGCUGCAACCUACUCAUCAAGUCGGAAAGCAUGAUUAACUUUCUAGUGCAAGAGAGGAGACCCUCCAAGGACGUGGGUGCGGCCAUCAUGGGGCUUUACUGAGGGUGCCCCGGGGACCCUGGCGCUAAUCCUUCCCUCCUGGUCCGAGGGUCCCACGGGGACUGGCUCGGGCACCUAUGAAGUCCGAAAAGAUUGCUUUUUUGAAGGUGGAAGAGCAGCAGCAACCGGACGGUGGGAACAUCUUGGCUGAGGGGACCCGAACUCCCUGUAGGGCUGAAAGAGCACAUCCUUCAGGUGGUCGUUUGGGCAGUGUCCGGGUGCGCUCAAUCCCUGCAGUGGAUACUAUGUGACUUGUUCUGUGCUAAACGGUCCAUUGGGAAUGUUGUCUUGUAAAGUCCUAUAUGCUUUAGUAGCUUGGGGAAACGUUUGUAACAAUUGUUAUUUUAAAAAUAAAAGGAGGGGGAAGAAGGCCGAGGAUGGUGGGAAUAGAGAAGAACCCAGCAACUGUCUUGCCUCGUUGGAGGGGGGAGGGUGUUUUGUUUGCUGAGGGGAGAUAGGGUGGGAAUUUGGAUGGGGGGUUGCAAAGGUAUCUGGGUUCAUAAUUUUUCCAUUUGCAAAGAAAUCGUUUAAUAAAACUCUCCCCAUAACGGGGCUCUCAAGUUA